AUGACAACUGUCGCUCUCACCACUACCACUAUCAUAACCAGCUUCAUAACCAUAACCGCCUUCGCAACUAUAACCAUCUUCACACCCACGACCAUCUUCACAACGACAACCAUAAAAGUCACCCAACAACAAAUAUGCACACUCUCACCCUCUUUAUUUGCCUCCUUGCCCCCAUCGACGGGUUCGAGAUCCUCCCUCGCAUCCUCCCCCGCGUACACACCCCCUCCCGACACCACCGCCGUCAGUCAAACUGUCCCGCAACAGGCGAUGCCUGCGGGUGGUACCUCCUCCCUGGGGCAGACGGGCACAACUACCUCUGCAGGUACAACCGAACAAACCCUAACUGCCCUCAACACCACCGCCGAAGAUGUGUACGACUCCAUAUACACGCUCAAUAACGGCCAGCCCGUGGGGUUUGUCAGGCAGUGUACGGCCGGUUGUGAUCAACAAGUGGAUAAUUCCACGGAGACGGGUUGUGCCGAGGAUGAGGACCAGUGA